AUGGAUGCCAACCAGUGCACAGAGCAGUGGCAACGCACGAUCCUGAAGAAGAGCAGAUUGCUCAAGCAAAUUCAAGAGCGGAUCGCCGAUGAAAUCAAAGUCACCCGCAUCACCAGAUCGGAACAGAUCAACGUGCUGGAAGAUUGGAAAGGCACCUUCACGAAUCAAAUCAAGGCUGACCUUGAACAAUGCUCCGGUCAGCUUCUCGCGCCGCUCCUCAGCGAGAUUCACGCUUCGCUUCCGUUGGAGGUCCGUGAGAAUAUCUACGAGCAUGUCUUCGACAUCAGCAAGCCGAUAGUCAUCCCAAGACUGGAACAUCCCAAGGUCGAGAUCGUGAACGGAAGACUGCAAUCUGGCAGCGCUGGAGCGAGCGAGCAUGCGAAAGCCAUUCGCGAAGAGCUCAAUCCGUUCAUGCAGGACUACUGCUUCUCCGUUGCUGUGAUGGAACCAGUCUAA